AUGUGGUACCAAAAUGCGCUGCUCCAGCUGCUCCCGCUGGUGGCUGUCGUCAGCGCCUCGCCUGUCCAGAAGGUUCCCGCCGAUUGCUUCACUAGAGGAUGGACCAACAACCAUCUGCUUUCUUCAAUGAUGGCGCCGGCCUAUUCGCAGUCGGCCCAGCAGAUCUGCAGCGCCGUUUUGCUCAAGACGAAGACCGUGGACGUUACUCCGACGUCUACUUCGCACGUCACUGUCGUCAAGACGGACUACACGACAACCUCUUACGUUGACGCCUAUGUCACGUCAACUGAUGUAGUCUCGUCUACCACUACAUCCACACCCAAGCCAACCACCAUUGACGUUCCCAAUAUUGUCGCUACGAGGACGCUGACUAAAACCCACACGGCUGUGAACCAUGUCGUCGAUACCGUCACCGUCACCACCUCAACUGCUGUUAUUGAUGUUACCUACUCCACAAAGAUCGUUGAUCUGACCGUGUCUACCGAUACUGUCUUUACAGCCACUGUCAUCGACACAGCUUACACCACAGAUGCUACUCGUGUGGCCACUGUUACCACCUCAACGGCCACUGACCUUAAGACAGUGGCUACAGCAGUUGUGACAGAUGUUGUUGCUACUGAGGUUGAUACUAUUAAGAAGACUACUACUGUCAUUGACUCAACCUCUUGGAAGCCAGUCACUGUCUACACAUCCACAGCUACCGUGUCAGACGCUGUUAGCACUUACACCUCCCUGGUUGUGACAUCCAUUGAUGAUGUCACCAAGUACACUGGUACCAGUGUUAUUCCCACAACUGUGGAAACCGAUGUUAUCACCACUACCACCACAACUGGUUACACCACAGACUACACUGGUGUUAGCACUAUUGUUACAGUCAUUGGAACAAACACCUUUACCACUACCGUCCAGACUAACACGGAGACUGUUUACACUGGCACCAGUGUUGUGCUCACAGCUGUUGAGACCGACGCAGUGACCCUUACUACCAGCACCGGCUAUGCUACUGUCUAUACUGGUACUGAUGUUGUUGUCAAGCCUGUUGAGACUGAUAUUGCCACUGUCACUACUGGCACCGAUGUUGUCACUGUCACCUCCAUGUACACCAGCUUGGAGACGAUUACUACCUUGGAGACCAUUGACGUGCCUACCCCCGUUUACACGCCUGUCACGUCCACCAUGACGGUCUUUGACAAGCGAUCUCACAAGCGGAACUUGGAGGCCGUUUGGGUUGAGCAGUAUGGUAUGGCCGCAGUGAAGAACGCUUGCGGCUGUGUUAUUGCCCCCGCUCCUACUACCACUGUGACCAAGGUUGAGCCUACUGUUACCGUGACUCAGACUGUGUCCAAGACGGUUGACGCAGUGAAGACCCUUACUACACACCUGACUACUCAUGUCACCUCCACGGCCGUUCUGACCAAGACGGGCAAGCAAGUCACCAAGUACAAGGCGAUCCCUGUCACUUUCACCACCACCGUUGUUGUCAGCGCUACUUCUACCGCCACCUCUCUCACUACUGUUGGUGCCGACAGGACCAUCGUGGAGUCCAUUGUUGCCACCAACACCGUAGACGUCGAUGCCACCAACUUCCGGGCCCUGACCAAGACCACUGUGCUUGAUAAGACAGCCACUAUUGUCGCUGGUGUUGUUGCUACAACUGAAGUUGACGUUACCGCCACUGCUACCUAUGAUGCAACUGUCACUAAGAGCGUUACAGAAGUUGAUGCUGUGUUUACUGACGUUGUAAAGACCACGGAGGUUGACCUCGUCGCAACCGCUGUUGUUACCUACGUUGCCACCGUCACAAACGGUGUUGUCAGCACAGUUACUGAGCUCAAGGAGUUCUACACCACAGUGCCAGUUACUGCCACAACCAUCGACAGAGUCGCUGUUGUCUCGGUUGAUUAUGAGGAGUCUUACACGACUGUCCCUACUAUCGCAACUGCUACCGAUGAUGUUAUUGCUACCGCCACUGUGUUGAAGGAAUCUUUCAAGACGGUGCCUACCACAGUCACAACAACCCGGGAUGUCGACGUUACUAAGACUGCCUGGCUCGAGGCUACCACCACCGUUGCCACCACCGUUACAUCAACCUUGGACGUUGAGGCGCACAAGACUACCGUUGAUGUCAUCACCACUGUUGUGCCCAAGACUACUGUCACAACCUUCACCACCCACAACACACCCACCACUGUCACAACCACCGUUUUGCAGACAGCUACUUGCACCGCAAAGCCGGUUGCGAACGGCGGUUUUGAUACCGGCGCAAUUUCUCCUUGGACUCCUUUGGGCAGCUUGGUCGGCGCUGUUGUGUCCGGCGGAUCCACCCUUGAGAAGCCCAAGUCCAAGUACUCUUUCCAGUGCACAUCGUUCAACAAGAACAACAACUGUGGCGUUAAGCAGACUCUCACCACCUGCGCUGGAGUGACCUACUCUUGCCAGUAUGACUACUUCUUCAGCACCGCCGACACCUCCAACGGUGUCUACCCUGCUGUGGCUGUCUAUGUCAACCCGAAGACGAAUGCUAGCCCCGUGUCUGCGUCCGCUGUUACCAUCUUCAAUGCUAACAAGUGGCUGCACGGAUCAGCCUUCACAUUCACUGGUACUGGAAAGGAUGUGAUUGAAUUCCAGGCCACGACGCCCACCAAGAACACCAACUCGUUUGCACUCGAUAGCAUUGUUUGCACUGCUGUGCAGCCUACCGAGAAGCUGUAA